AUGAAGUUUCUGUGCGCGAGCGCGUUUGUCGCGCUUGCGGCAGUUGUCUCGCUGCCGGCUGAUGGAAAGAAGACAAGGAGGCCAGAUCUGAACCUCGCCAGGAGUUCGUCCGCGCAUUCUCUUGAGACGGAGACCGUGCAGAGCUAUGUUUCCAAGAUGAUGGCCUCUGGUGUGGCGACGCCUGAUGAUGGAGAUAAGCGGUUGGUGAAGGAGAAGGUCUUGGAAGGGUCGCCAGAGCAGAUCAGAGACUUAAGCGUUUCGGAGCUGGUGCACGGCUUGUUCAGCGGCCGGAAGCUGGAUGGCGGCAACGCAAGCGUGCCGCAUGAGCCGAAGCAGCGCAUCAACAUCAGCGCCCAUGAGGCCCGCCUGAGCCACCGGGACGCAUGGCAUUUGAUCAAUGUCAAUGACAAGGAUGGUUCCGAGACCAUGGACCUAACGGAGUUCCUUUCCGCUCGUGGCUCGAGCCACGGCUUCCUUGACAAGACACCUCCAGAGAAUGCGAACACCACAGGCAUGAGCUUGGUGCAAGUGCAGGGCGUGUCGCAGUGUGUGGGGACGGUGAUGGAGAGGAUCUGGGACGCGGCCGGGUGCAUCGAGGAGUUCCACGUCGAGGAGUGCGAGUGGACGUGGAAGAUUUGGAAGAUGGUGGAGAACUGCGUUUGGAAGCCCAUGACGCGCGUCGUGGGCUGCUUCGUGGAGAAAGCCAAAGAGGUGGUGGCUUCAUUCGGGGACUGCUGGAAGAACAUCGAGGACGCGAUCCUGAGCGGCUUCCGGAAGUUCAAGAGCCUGCUGCCCCAAGGGUGCAACUCCUGGAGGAGCCGAGGGGGGUGUGGGCUGAGCGAGGCGAAAAACUUGGUGGAGAAGAUCGGGCCUGGCUUCCGCUUGGUGGGGAACUUCAUCUCGCAGGCCCAGGAGGUCGCGGUCGACCUGGGGAGGAUCGCUGCCGAUGCAGCGAAGGGGGUCCUGAACUUCGUCAAAGGCUCGGCGACGGCGAUUUGGAACUACCGGUUGCCAAGCCUUUGCACUCCGAGCGGCGUCGGGUACUGGAAGCUGGUUCCGACCGACUGCGGUGCCUUCGAUGCCAUGGGGAGGAUCUUCUCUGAGGUUUGGGCCGUGUGGAAGAUCAAAGAGAACUUCGACAACACCGUGCAUAAGUUCAGGGAUUGCCUCGGGAAAAAGAGCUUCAUGGGCCUGCCAUCGCCCUUCAUCGAGGUGUCCCUUCAGAGCUUGUGCCUGCCGCAGUUCAUGAAGAGGCCGCUGGAGAUGAUCGUGGGCUCAUUCCACCAUUUCAUCCAACAGAUCAGGGAGGCUUCCGGCGGCUGCCAAGGUUCGGACCAGGCGAUCUGCCAGCUUGCUGCGGACAUGAAGUCCAUUGGGCUGAAGAUCAAAGACGUGUUGGACACAAAGGUGUCCCUGAUGCAAGCCGCCAAGACCGUGGGUCGAGAACUUUCGCGCGGUCAGGCAGCUGAGACGAAGAUCGACGAAGGUUCCGGAGGGGCCUCAGCUGGCCUCUUUGAGUAUUCCUCUGGCGAGUGUAAAGGCCCCGACUUCUCCGUGAAGCUCGGGCUCAGCUUGGGCAUCAGCUUCAACCAACCCGGCGGGGGGACCCUCGUCCUCGGCUUGACAUUCACAGGGGCGGGGGGAUGCAAGAACGACAAGGGCUUCUUCGACCUGCUGCUGGGCUUCGGAGCCUCCAGGACCCUCAAACUAGAACUGGAAAGCUUGAGUCUGGUGUGCGCGAGUGCAGGGACGUUGCUGUGA